AUGUUGAGAUUAGCUCAGAACUCGGCUGGAGUUCUACACUCCAGCACAAACUCAUUGUUCUUCGUUGAGCCUACAUCUGGCGAUAUUCGCGCGAAUCCAGCUAUUUCUGAACAGCCUCAAGGUGUUUACAGUGUUUUUGUCAACAUACUCUCCGGCACCUCGAAGGAACUUCUGCAGCAAUUCGUCAAAAAGUUCCAUUAUGUGAAGGACGACAUGAAAAUGCGUUAUGUGUUCAACACGACACUAGAGGAAUUUGCCAGAAGUCGCGAAGAGUUUGAAAAAAGAGUGCAAACAGCGUUGAGUAAAGACCAUCCAGAAGGCAAUAUGGAAGUAUUCCUUUCGCAGCCAAAGAGAGAUAAAAGAAUUUCCAGCUGGACUUCUGUCUGCUUCCAUACUGCUAUGAACGGAGAAGUGCAGGGCGAGCGGGCCGUCAUGACGGCUAUGUCGCAGUCCUCGGUUGAAAACAGCGAACUCUCUAAGCUCUACCACCUUUAUCGGGUUAUCAACAUCGAGCGAUGUGAAACUGCUGAGGCACCAGUGCGUCAAUCUGCCUUUGCUCUUCCCAUGCAAGUAGUGAUUCUCAUUAGUGGUGUGGCCAUCCUUAUCCUAAUCCUCGUCACUCUUCUCACCUAUAUCUGCUUCGUUAGACGUUACAAGGAGCAUCUUCGCGCCAAACAAAAACAAUUGAAAGGUAAUUCUAAAGCUGAAUUCUAUAAAAGGGAAAUAGUACAUUCAAGGAACAGAAUAUUCAAUGUACUUCGUUAUCUUUCAUUUCUGAAAAGUGUGGCUGAACUGGCUAACCGUCUCGAGGAGUAUAGCAUCUUACGCUACUCGCUAAAUGAUUAUAUUUUUGAUAUGCAUUGAUC